UUUAAGGACUCUUAGGGUAGUGAAACACAGUGCCUAAUUAAAAAUAAUUAUUUAUGUUCAAAAUUCUUGGCACAGAAGAUGGGUCACAAUGCAAUUUUAGAGCACUGCAUUUCAGAAACAGUUUUUUUGCCAGAAAGGCCAGAAGGCUGAAAGGAAAAAAACAGAAAAGUAAGUUCUCUGAGAAGCUACUCAACAUUUUAAACUGGAGAAAAAUGAUCAUCAGAGGAAAGUCUCUCCCAUCUUUUAUACUUUUUAUGGAAGAUAAAUACAGUUGAGGGGAAGAGCAAAGCCCAAGAUAGUUACACUAUUUUUGUCCAUCUGCAAAGAUCACUAAUCAUCAGAGAUGAGUCCCAGAGUCUGUGUUUCAGUUCAGAAGGCUUCUCUCCACUGCUCCCUUUCCCUGCAGUCACUAACUGAUACAUGUGAGCCACUCUUAAGUAAAACUUUUAUUUUAUUUCGCUCAGGGUAAGCCCACUGAAGGCAAACCUACACCCCCCUCCCAGAGCCAGCCUUUGGCAAAUCCCCCCGCGCUAUAACCGAGCAGUCUGACAGCGUGCCUAGACCUCCGGACCCCAACACGCGCAGCGCUGCUCUACAGGGGAAAGCACUGCUUUUUUGUGGGAAACCCAACGUGCCCUAGGACUGGAGGCACAAACAAAGCCCCCCAGGAGCGCCAGGACCCAGGUGGGUUUCAGUCUGCUGGUAAGACGGAACAGCUCUUGGAACUCUGUGACACCUGCGCUGUGUCACAAGGCACCGCGCAGCCCCGAGGGGGGUGGCAGAGGCCCUGGGGCUGCUCAGAGCGGCUGUGGAUGCUGGACGGCCUGAGGGCGGCUGCCUGACCCCCGCAGUGCAGGAUGGAGUUUCUGGGGACCACGCAGCUAGCCAGUUACUGUGGCACAAAGAAGAGCUGCCUGUUCCCGGAUCUGGCUCCCACCAGCACCACCAAGGACACCUAUCAGUCCUACUACCUACCGGGCUACCGGAGCCUCAGGUCCUGGAGGCCCAGUCUGCUUCACAAAGUGGUGUCGGUCCCUCCCGGCUCUGACAAGCAAUUUAAUCCCACUGGGCGGCCGCCCACUGUUCUGCCUGCACUACGCUAUACCCUGCAUGCCCGCUACAGCACUCAUGACUGGCACCACGCAAACAUGGUUCAGUUAAAAGGCUCUGAAGACUCCAGGUACUGUGCUGGUAGACUGAACACCGAUUCAAUGAGACUGAUGCAAGAUAAGGAUCAACUGACUUACCAGAUGCAAGAAGACAGCAGAAGAAACCUGGGAGAGAGGAUCUCUAACAUUGAUUUCUGGAGGUCUGAGCUCAUCUAUGAGCUAGAGUAUCUGCUGAAAGAGACCCAAGCCUUGGAAACAGCAAAGAAGCGGCUUGAAUGUGCUGCAGAUGAACUGCAAGGACCAUUGAAGAUAGCCCUGGAAUGCUUGUAUCACCGUGAGAAGCGGCAGGGUAUAGACUUAGUUCAUGACGAUGUGGAAAAGAACCUCAUAAAGGAGGCUGAUGUAUUCAAGGACUGUCAAGAAACAUUGACAAAACUUGCACAUAAAAUCAGUCAACAGUUGAGCAUCAACAGAGAUGCACAGCACGCCCUGGAGCAGGAUCUUUCUGACAAAAACUCAGCCCAUUUUAUUGAUGAGAAGUGCUUUAACCUGAGGAACACAUCGGACAGCAUCAACUUUUACCACGGAGUGGAAAAAGCAGAUGGGACUGUUUCAGUUCCUGAAACAUGGGCUAAAUUCAGUGAAGACAAUAUCAGGUGCUCUCAGCAUGCAAGGGCCAACUCUGUCAAGCUCCGAGAGGAUACAGAGGUUGGACUGGAAUGCACAUCUGAGGAGAUGUGGAAUCAUUUCAUCAGUACCAACUUGGCCUUUAAUAACCGUAUUGCUGAAGUAGCUGAUGCAAAGAACAAACUCCAAGCACAACUGGCCAAGAUACUUCAGGAAAUCUUCCAAACAGAAGAUACAAUCAUGUUAUUGGAGAGAUCCAUAAAGGCAAAGGAGUACCCACUGAAAGUAGCUCAGACCUGCCUGGCAGGAAGAACUAAGCGACCCAAUAUAGAACUUUGCCGUGAUGCACCUCAAUUUCAGCUUAUCACCGAAGUUUACACUAUAGAUGACACCUUACAGACCUUAAAGCGACGCCUGCAAGAAGCCCGUGAUACUCUGCAGAUGCUGCUCCUCAACAAAUCAAAGCUGGAACAUGAAAUUUCUGUGAAGGCAAACUCCUUCUUCAUUGACAAGAAGUGUAUGGAUAUGCGCAGUGUCUUUCCCAGCACCCCACGGCUCAUGGGCUACACUUGA